AUGGUCGGCCUCUACGACGACUUCGCCUACGACGGCACCGAAUUCAACACAUUCCUGGCCCAGGACCAGUUCGCCUCCGGGUCGUCGCCCGAGGAAUUCCACGUCCACUCGGCGACAGAACCGCACUUCCCCCCGUCCAUCCACGCACUCAAAGGACAACCCCAUCACCACCAGCCAUAUCUCUCACCCACCGACCCCCUCGGCCCAAACCUCGACAAUGCCCUGCGAACCGCUCACCUGGCCCGCUCAGCACCAACCAGCUACCCAAUCCCAUCCGCCGGCCCCAACCACCACCAUCACCACCACCCACCACCCGACCUGACAAUCGACACCAUGGGCCUGGCCUGGGACGCCCACCCCAUCAACACCAACCCCCCACCACCGGCCAUCACCACCGCCCCGCUAACAGACGACCCAACCCACCUCCGCAGCCUAGUAACGGCCCUGCAAUCCGAGCUGCGCCAGGCCGCCCGCGAGCGCGACGAGGCGCGCAUGCAGCUCAGCACGGCGCGCAACGAGCUGUACGCGGCGCGGCAGCUGGGUAAGCGGCUGCGCGUGGAGCGCGACGAGGCUCGCUCGCAGGCUGAGUUUUUGGGUGCCGAGCGCGUCAAGCUCAAGCAGACCGAGACGCGGCUGCGCAGGGAGAGGAACGAGGCACGGUUGGCGGCUGCAGUGCUUAUGAAGGGGAAAGGGCCCGGGGGAGGAGGAGGAGGAGUCAGGGGGUCUGGGCCUGGUGGUGGUGAUGCCGGUGGGAUGGGGGCUGGACCUGGGUUGGGAGGAGGAGGGGCUGGGGUUGGGGGUGUGGGUGCUGGUGGGCUGCAGGGGGAGGAGUCGGGGGAAUCGCCUGAGGUUGGCGUCAUGAUGGAUCAGGGUUGA